AUGUUCCGUGCCGCCGCCCGCUCCGUCCGACCCGCCGUCAGGGGCUUCUCCACCGCUGCCCCCAAGGCCGGCGAGAACGCUUUCGUCGCCAACAGGGAGGCCACCAGGGCCCACGCCGCUGAGACCACCGACCUCUGGCGCAAGAUCUCUUUCUACGUCUGUAUCCCUGGUGUUAUCGUCGGUGCCCUCUGGACCUACAAGAUUGAGGCUGCCCACGCCGAGCACCUCGCCCACCACCCCGAGGACUUCUCCGAGAGGCCUGUCUACGACUACCUCAACAUCCGAAACAAGAACUUCCCCUGGGGCAGGCAGUCUGCUUUCUUCAACCCCGCCGUCAACGUCGAGGUCGGAGAGCCCUAA